UGGGUGUGCAAUAUGCAGUUCGAAGUAACUUUCAGUAAUGUUUUAACCGCUCCCAGCGUAUUAAAAUUUAAUUUGCUGUAUUUAACGUAUAUAUCUUCGUAAAUAUGGGGGAAAAUUCCAGAGAAAGCUUCGUAAUUCGCGCCAAGCUUGCCGAGUCGGCUGAAAGAUACGAUGAUAUGGUGAGCAACAUGAAAAGUGUUGUAAAUAUGGGCGAACCACUAACGUCAGAUGAACGAAACUUGUUGUCUGUUGCGUACAAGAAUGUCGUUGGAGCUCGUCGUUCGGCUUGGCGUGUUUUGUCAAGUAAAGAAUCAAAGGUUGAAGAAGGCAUUGAACGUGAUGUUAUCACUGAGUUCAGAGAGAUCAUUGAAAAGGAGCUUAAAGAAAGUUGUGGUGAUGUGCUUGAUCUUUUAAAUAACUUCCUCAUCAAGCCGUUAUCGGAGGAAGGUGAUUCUAAGGAGAUAGAACAAGCGGUGUUCUUUCUCAAAAUGAAGGGAGAUUACUUUCGUUACUUGGUGGAAAUCAGUAGUGCUGAAUCGAGGACACAAUUAUCAAACGACUCACAAAAAGCCUACGAUCAAGCGACCGUAUCAGCGGCUCAUCUUCCAACGACCAACCCCAUUCGCCUUGGUCUAGCACUUAAUUUCUCGGUUUUCUAUUACGAGAUCUGUAAUAGUAAUCAAAAGGCGUGUGAUCUGGCAAAGCAGGCUUUUGAUGAUGCAAUCUCAGAUUUAGAUAAUCUCAAAGAGGAUUCGUACAAGGAUAGUACUCUCAUAAUGCAACUUCUUCGUGAUAACAUCACCUUGUGGACAUCUGAACCGUCUCCUGAUGAUGAACUGAUCAAGGAUAACGAGAAUGCCGAGGAAAGUUAAAAGUGUUUAGGCGUUAUGAAUUUUCAGCAAUUUGAAGUAAUUUUUUUUUGAAACAGUACAUUGACUACGCAUGUCAACAUUCAAUCUUAAAAAGAGGAUUUAAAGUGGUUAUGUAUUGAUUGUUCUUCACUAUCAUAUAUCCUUUAGUAUAUGUCUAGCUUUAAUUUCAUACUUCAACGUUUUCGGAUAGCAUGAAUGUAUGUAGGACAGUCCUGGUGCAAACAAGAAGUCAGAAUCA